CCCUGUUCCUGCUGGAGACGGCUCUGGGGCAGUACACCAGCCAGGGGGGCAUCACCUGCUGGAGGAAGAUCUGCCCCCUGUUUGAGGGCAUUGGCUUAUGUACUGUCGUGAGAAUGGUCUGUGGCUGCACUGUUUAUAUCAUCAUCCUGGCCUGGGCCUUCUUCUACCUGUUCUCCUCCUUCAGCUCUGAGCUGCCCUGGGCCAGCUGUGGAAACACCUGGAACACAGAUUCCUGUGUGGAGUUUGACAAGCAGAAUCUCACUUCCAACUGGACAGAUUCAGAAAAGACCACCUCUGCUGUAAUGGAGUUCUGGAACAGGAGGGUGCUGGGUAUCUCCAGUGGGAUCGAUGAGGUGGGCAAUCUGAGAUGGGAGCUGGGACUGUGUCUCCUUCUGGCCUGGAUCAUCUGUUACUUUUCUGUUUGGAAGGGAGUGAGGUCCACAGGGAAGGUCGUGUACUUCACAGCCACUUUCCCCUAUGUGAUGCUGGUGGUGCUGCUGGUCCGAGGACUCACCCUGCCUGGAGCUGCUGAUGGGCUGGUCUUCUACCUCUACCCUGAUGUAACUCGGCUCACUGACCCUCAGGUGUGGAUGGAUGCAGCAAAACAAGUGUUUUCCUCUUACAGUCUCUGUGGAGGAAUGUUGACGUCUCUGGGCAGCUACAACACAUAUAGUAACAAUUGUUACAAGGACUCCUUCUACCUGUGCCUCCUCAACAGCGCUACCAGCUUUGUGGCUGGAUUUGCCAUCUUCUCUGUGUUGGGCUUCAUGGCAUAUGAGCAGGGAGUGGACAUUUCGCAGGUGGCCGAGUCUGGUCCUGGCCUGGUGUUUAUUGCAUAUCCGAGAGCGGUGGCCAUGAUGCCUCUGUCUCAGCUGUGGUCUGCCUGCUUCUUCAUCAUGGUCCUCCUGCUGGGAAUGGACACAGAGUUUGUGGGCAUUGAAACGGUGAUGACAGGCAUUGUGGAUUUGUUCCCUAUGGUGCUGAGGAGAGGAUACCGGCAGGAGCUCCUCCUGCUCCUCUUCUGUGUGGUCUGCUUCCUGCUCGGGCUCCUCAUGGUCACUGAGGGUGGCCUGUAUGUCUUCCUGCUGGUUGAUUACUAUGGCAGCAAUGGGGCCUGCAUUUUGUUUGUUGCCAUAUUUCAGAGCAUCUGCAUUGGAUGGGUGUACGGAGCUGAUCUCUUCUGUGCCAACAUUGAGGACAUGACUGGCUAUCGGCCUUUGUCUGCAUUUUGGUACUGUUGGCGCUACAUCACUCCAGCUGUGUGCACUCAGUGCCCCUGUGCUGUCCUGGUGAAGCUGAGUCACUGAACUGAGGUGAAGCUGUCUGUUCUUUCCCCUUC